AUGUGUCAUAUCCCAGUCAUGACGGGGGCCUUCAUGGACUCCUCACCCAAUGACAACUACAGUGCCGACCACUCGCUCUUCAACUCCUCAGCCAGCGUCCACGCCGCCUCUGCGGCCGCCUCAGCCCAGGCCCAGCAGGACGACCAGUCCUCGUCCAGUGAUGCCAUCUGGCUCUGGAUUGCCAUCAUCGCAACUAUCGGCAACAUUGUGGUGGUGGGAGUGGUCUACGCAUUCACCUUCUGAUCCAUCUUGCCUUCCUGUCCACCAAGCCAAACAUUAGUGAGCCUCCCCAUGGGGGAACGUGAUAAAAGACAAAGGAUAAAUAUCACAUAAUGUAUGACCAAAGGGCUCCUGGAUGCAAACGCUGACUGUGGUGUGGGGUUUCUUUAGUUGAAGCUUCAGCAACAUUCACUUUCAAUAAAAAAAACUCUACGUUUCAGGAUAGGAACAAUAUACGCAGUACGCACAAGUUCAACUGAAGUCUGAAUGGUAUUUUCAACUUUAGUCGCCUAACUUUGAGUAGAAACCACGCUCCUGGAUGUUGUUGUGUUGCGUUGUGGUGCUGAAGGGGAUAAGAUACGGACAGGGUGAACCGGACCAUCUUAAAUGUCCCCCAGAUAGAUGAGAGGCAAUUAAUAGGAGUGCUGCUUAAUUAUUUGGAUGAACAGAGACGUGAAUCUUAAAACAUUUAAGUAACGCUGGGAAUACUUCUGCAUUAGCCAUGGGCUCAGCUUCUUACAGUUCGUUAUCUGUUCUGCCAAAAGAAUGCUCAAAUUAUUAUCUUUCCUUUGUAAAUCGACAGAAAAUGGACCAAUGGACAUGGUCUUUAAUGAAACAUUCCUGAAACCCUACAACUGUUUUUGCUUCUCCGUUUCUGUAGCAAUGCCACACCAGUUUAUGGUCAAAUAAAGAAAAUCACUCCACCAUCUAAUUUACUCUGCUAAAUCUGCAUCUGAAACAUUAUUUAUUACACCACAGUACAUCUAUCAUUGACAUUUCACUUUUUUAUAACAAAUUUCUCACAAAGACAUUAAAGUAUAUGACCAAGGUAGACCUGAAAGAUAUAAGCACACUUUACAUGAGCAGAAAUAAUGUACAGCUUUAGGUUGUCAUAGCCUAAUUGUUAUUUAGCUAUCCUCUUUGGAGUCUUCAUGUGCUGUAUAAGCUAAAUAAGCUGUGAUCCAUCUGUUUCUAUCAAGCUGGUCUCUUUAAAUGUAGAACUGUUCAGUGAAUUUUAUUUUUGCUUCCAUGGGGUCCAGGGCCAGUUGAGAAUAUUAACAGGCUCUUUUCAAGACAUUAGCGAGGACCCUGGUGUCAACACAGUGGGUGUUCUCAAGUCCCCAACUCUCUCCAAACGUUGUACCAACACACAGAUUCUAUUGUACAUGUACAUGGAUGUCAGGGGUGAUCAUUUCUUAAGGUUGUCACAGUGCUAUGAGCUUUAUUAUUGAGCUUAAUUAUUGACUGCUUUCUGUCUAGAAAGGAACUGAAAAGAACCGACAAGGUUGGUAAAUGUGAUGGAUUGAUAAAAACAUGUUUAAUCUCAGCCCCAAAGCGUUCUGUUCAGCUGAAAAGAGCUGGUACAGGAAGGAGCCGCUCCCUUUUUGAUUUGAUUUUGUCUUCUCUCUAGGAGACCGUUGUUCUUGAAUGUUGGCUGGCUUGCCCUAACAGCUGCAAUUGUAUCUGAGAGAGUGAUAAAUCAAUUUGGUCCAAGUUCCCCAUUAUAAUAAUUAGGUGGGUGCUUACAUUUGUCCUACACCACACGUACAAGUGCAAAUGUGUUUUUUUGCAUAUCCCACUCCCCCUCAGAGUGGGGCAGAGCCAGAAAUCAGACAUUAUUGGCAGCAACCCUGGAGCAAUUAGGGUUAAGUGCCUUGCUCAAGGGCACAUCAACAGAUUUUUAACCAAGUCAGCUUGG